AUGGAAGCUACCAACAAGCAACCCGUCAAGCUUGCCCGUGUUCUCAAGGUCCUCGGCCGAACUGGAUCUCGAGGUGGUGUCACCCAAGUCCGAGUAGAAUUCAUGGACGAAUCUAACCGAUCUAUCAUCCGAAAUGUCAAAGGUCCCGUAAGAGUCAAUGACAUCUUGGCUCUUUUAGAAUCCGAGCGAGAAGCUAGGUGA